AUGGGACGACGAAUUCACUUUGUGGUUGACCCUCAGGGUUGGUGCUGCAUGGGCCUGAUUAUCUUUGUCUGGCUAUACAAUACAAUCUUCAUUCCAAAAGUCAUCCUUUUCCCUCACUAUGAAGAGGGACAUAUUUCAGUUGUGGCAAUUUUGUGUUAUUACUUCUGCUCAUUGUUUUGUAUAGCUUCAUUAGUGAGAGCCUCAGUAGCUGAUCCAGGAAAGCUACCUGAAAACCCAAAGAUACCAAUUACAGAACGAGAAUAUUGGGAGUUAUGUAACAAAUGCAAUAUGAUGAGACCAAAGCGUUCACACCAUUGCAGUCGUUGUGGACAUUGUGUGAGGAGGAUGGAUCACCACUGUCCAUGGAUUAAUAAUUGUGUUGGUGAAGACAAUCACUGGCUGUUUUUACAGCUGUGUUUCUACACUCAGAUCCUUAGUUCCUAUACGCUGAUACUUGAUUUCUGCCAUUACUACUACUUUUUCCCUCUGAAAAAGGAAAACUGGGAUGUUUUUGUAUUUAGGCAUGAACUUGCUCUCCUAAGAAUAUCUGCCUUCAUGGGUCUAAUAAUAUUAGGUGGAAUAAGUGGACUCUUUUACACUCAGCUAAUGGGUAUUUUCACUGACACUACAAGCAUAGAAAAAAUGUCAAACUGUUGUGAAGACAUAUCAAGGCCCCGAAAGCCAUGGCAGCAGACCUUCUCAGAAGUUUUUGGCACUCACUGGAAGAUCCUGUGGUUUAUUCCUUUCAGGCAGAGGCAACCACUACGAGUUCCCUACCACUUUGCCAAUCACGUCUGAACAGAUGGAUGGUGGGCACAGAUGGGUCCUCCAUGCUGGAAGUGCGUUACAGGUUUUAUGAUAAUGGGACUGUGACAGUCUUCAAGUCAAUUAAAAUCCGCCCACCAAUUGUAGGUAUCACAAUGUGCCCCAGGCUUUGUUUUAAUAGUGGUCUUGAUUCUGUUCUGAGAUUAAUACAAGUUGUAUGUUUAACUUUGGGCAUAUUUACUUUCAAAUUAGCUUUCCAAGGGGAUUUCUUCUGUCUUUGAGGUUAAUACCAAAACCAAAUGACUGGAAUACAGUCUUACACUAUUUGUGUGAUACUUGCGCUUUUGAUUAUUUUUUUUGGUAGGAAACACUGAAGUUUACAUUGAUCGUUAGCUUUCCCACUAAGUGUCUUAUUCUGCCUUGAAUUUUUUUAUGUGUUUUUAUCAGUAGGUCUGUCUAGAUAAUAUUAAUGUCUUUGUUUCAGCUACAUGUGUUUAAAAUUCCCUGAUAC